UUCGCGAGACCCAACUUUGUCUGGACGAAAGACAGCGACAUCUGCGAGGCCAGCGAGAAGAUCGUCAUCGAGAUGAAGAAGACGUCGUACUGCGAGGCGACCAUCUCCCUCACCCUGGUCGAGGCCUCUUCCAUCGACUCCGGCCAGUAUCGCCUCAAGUUCCAGAACGAGCUUAAUGAGGAGAGCACAGAGACCGCACUCAUCGUCAGGCCUGAGCGUAGGAAGCCCAAGAUCACCAAGCCACCCAAGGAACUGCAAGUCUUGGAGAGGAAACGAGGCAUUUUCCAAGCCAAGGUUACUGGAUUCCCCAAGCCCGAGGUCAAGUGGAUGAAGGAUGGACGGCAGAUAUACCCGACAGACAUCAUUGACACUGGUGUCACAGGAGACGGAUUCCAGUACCUUGAGUUCAAAACAGUUACUAUGGAGGACGUCGGCCAAUACACCAUCUUCGCUUCUAAUGAGGAGGGAACCGCUGAAGCCCACGCUGCCCUCAUCGUCGUUCCUCCUCCGUCGAAGCCCGAGUUCCUCCAGAGCUUGAAAGCCAGCAAGGUCAUUCUGGAUACCCAGCCAGGAUGGAGGUUAAGCUUGGCGGAUACCCGAUGCCAGAAGUCCAGUGCGGCAUGA